ACACCGAGCAGAGGAGAGGGCAGCUGCAGCGGCUCGGACUGACCAGGCUGCUAGCACCGCGGCCCACAGAGGCCAGGCCUGUGCCCCUGCCGCCUCUGACACCCCUGCUGGAGCCGGACAUCCACAUGGCCUCCUGCUGCUGCUGCCUCCUCCACCUGCUGAUCUGGAGCCUCUCUGGCACCUCCUCUGACCCCCCAACAGAGCCAAGGAUUCCUUGGGCCACAGACCUGGUGGCCCCUGGUGAGGUGGUGGAGACCACAGACAGUGUUUGCAAGUUCCCGGGGCAGCGGCUUAGCUGGUGGCAAGCCCAAGAGUCCUGUGAACAGAGGUUUGGCCACUUGGCCCUGGGUCCCCCGGAUGGAAUUCUUGCUCCACCGCUUAGCGACUCAGUCUGGGUGGGCCAAAGAGACGCUUCCAUGCAGCGGCUCCCACAGAGACGCGCACACACGACUUCCGCGCUGGUGUUCGGCCAGCGGAGCGCGGACCGGGCGGCGAGGCUGCGGAGCCCGCUGCCGGGGCUGGCGGCGCUGACGGCGUGCGCGCUCGUGCAGUGGGACGCGGCCUCCCGCGAGGCCGCCGCGCUCUUCUCCGUCGCGGCGCCCGAGCUGCCCAACGCGCUGCAGCUCCGCGCCUUCGCCGAGCCGGGCGGCGCCGUGCGCGCUGCGCUCGUGGUGCGCGGCCACCACUCGCCCUUCCUGGCCGCCUUCCGCGCCGACGGCCGCUGGCACCACGUGUGCGCCACGUGGGAGCAGCACGGCGGGCGCUGGGCGCUGUUCGCUGAUGGGCGGCGGCGCGCUGGAGCGCGGGGACUGGGCGCGGGCCAUCCUGUGCCGCCCGGUGGCAUCUUGGUCCUGGGCCAAGAUCAGGACUUCCCGGGCGGCGGCUUCUCAGUUCGAGACGCCUUCAGUGGCAACCUCACCGACUUCCACCUGUGGGCCAGAGGGCUGAGCCCCGCAGAGCUACUCCGGGCACGCGCCUGCAAGCCACCCCCAGGUGACCUGCUGUUCCGCUGGGACCCAAGCGCCCUGAACAUCACGCCCUCUCUGCUGCCUGUAGUGCGCGUGCACCUUGUUUGUCCCGUGCCCUCGGAGGAGUGCCCAACUUGGAACCCAGGUCUUGGCACCGCGGGCUCCGAGCUCUGCGUGCAGGCGCGGCUCUUCCUCUGCUGCUACAGGAAAGAGAUCUAUGAGCAGCUAAGGGACAUCCAGUUGUGGCCGGGCCAAGAUGUGAUCAGCCGUGUCAAUGCGUUGGCCGAGGACACUGUGCUCCUGCCAGACCCCCUCUCCGAAGCCCCAGCGCCACUGUCCCUGGACAAGGCCUGCAGCUUCCUGGGCAUCCUGGAGAGCGUGCUGGCCCCGGAGCCGGAGCUGGGGCCAGCGGCAUUGCUGGCUGUCGUGCACUUCCUGAAGAGGGUGUCAGCCCUUGGGGCCAGGGAGCCACAGCCCUUGGCGGGGCCCUGGGAGCAGCUGGCCCGGGGCGUCCUGUCUGUGACCAGCCUGGUCCUGGAGGAGCGGUUGGCUGGCACAUGGCUGUCCAUCAGCAAGGUGGUUGGCGGACCUAUGGCCCUGCUGGCGACUGUGCAGCCCCUGGCAUCCCUGCUGAGCACCACGCUGAGCCCUGAGCAGCCCCGGAUACACAUCCAGUACCGCCACAUGGGCCUGGAGGUGCGGAGCCUGCGCCUGAGGGAGGCCAGCACUGCAGGCUACACGUUCACCAUGCCCGGUGGGCUCCCGGAGGGGCCCGGCCACAUCCACAUCCCCGCCGGGGAAAUGCAGCGGCUCCUCGGGAAAGGCCUCUCCGGAGUCACCGCCAUCCACAGCUGGUUCUCAUCUAGUGUCUUCCAGCGCACCCUGGGAGCGCCUAGCCUGAAGCCCCAGUUCCCUGCCAGUCCAGAGGAGGCGAGCAGGAUGCAGAGGUUCCUGAGCACCCAAGUGGGUUCAGCUGUCCUUUCCUCUGAGCUGCAGGAUGCUGCCGGGCCAGUCAGCACUGCUGUGACCUUCCACCUGCGACACCAGGCCCAGGAACUUUCUGCUUCCUCCCCGCCCCCAAGCCCAGAGACAGGGGGAUCCUGGGCCACCACCAGCUGCUCCGUGCUUGCCCUGCACCGGGAUUCAACCGCCUGCUUCUGCAACCACAGCACCAGCUUCGCCAUCCUGCUGCAGGUCUAUGACGUCCAGAGAGGCCCCGAGGAGGAGUCGCUGCUGAGGACUCUCUCUUUCGUGGGCUGUGGUGUGUCCUUCUGUGCCCUCGCCACCACCUUCCUGCUCUUCCUGGUGGCCAGGGUACCCAAGUCAGAGCGGACCACAGUCCACAAGAAUCUCACGUUCUCCCUGGCCUCUGCUGAGGGCUUGCUCAUGGCCAGCGAGUGGGCAAAGACCAGUCAGGUGGCGUGUGUGGCUGUCACGGCUGCUAUGCACCUCCUCUUCUUGGCUGCAUUUUCCUGGAUGCUGGUGGAGGGGUUGCUGCUCUGGAGCAAGGUGGUGGCUGUGAGCAUGCGCCCGGGGCCCCGGAUGUGGCUGUACUACACUGCAGGCUGGGGUUCACCCACAGUCAUUGUGGCUGUCACCCUGGUCACAAGCCCUGGCGACUACGUGGCCUCGGGACACUGCUGGCUCAAUGUGCACACAGACGCCAUCUGGGCCUUCGCCGGGCCUGUGCUCUUCGUGCUGGCUGCCAACACCUGCAUCCUCUUCCGUGUGGUGACGGUCACCGUGUCCAGUGCCCGCCGCCGCGCACGCAUGCUGAGCCCGCAGCCUGGCCUGCAGCAGCAGCUUGGCAUUCAGAUGUGGGCCACAGUGAAGCCAGUGCUCGUCCUGCUGCCUGUCCUGGGCCUUACCUGGCUGGUCGGCGUCCUGGUGCACCUUAGCCCAGCCUGGGCCUACGCCGCCGUGGGCCUCAAUUCCCUCCAGGUACCUCCUGCUUGGUUCAUGGGUCUGUGGCCACUGCAGGGCCAGCCAGCCUGGGCUGCACCGUGGGCGAGGACAGUGUUGGGGAGGAGGGUUAGGAAAGCACCAGAGGAGCCCUGUGGCCUGGGACCAUGGGCACAAGACCCUGCUCUUGGGGGACCCAGACGGGUGGCGGGGCUGCCGGAAUGGGCUAUGUGCUUCGGGCUCAAGGGACGCAGUUCGGAGACGCCCCCUAGCGGCAGGGCUCUACUACAGCUCUGCCAUGCCCGGAGACCACUAGGGGGCGCCGCGACCCCAGAAAGACGGCGGCGGGGUGGGGGGCCCUACAUCUUCCUGGUCUACGCCGCCUGCAACGCGGAGGUGAGUCCAGGUCGCAGACUGCGGGGCCUGCCUGGGGCCGGGCAGGAGGGUCUCCCACCGGACCUCGGCGCCUUCCUGCAGGUGCGGAACGCGUUACAGAGGGUGACAGAGAAGAAGGCAGCGCUCGCGGCGCCCCGCGGGGGACCCGACGCCCACGCCCGCGCCUUCCAGACGCGCUCCCAGGAGGGCCCCACAGCCUGGAGUCCUCCGAGAAGACACCUGGCUCUCAGAGCGGCCUCCAGCCCCGGGAUCCCCGAAGCCUUCUCCUCCAUCACAGACCCCGAGAGACCGGCAGAAGUGAAUGCCAAGGCCAGCGGGCGGAGGGAGGCGCCAUCUGCAAGGCAGCCGGGCGGGGGCCCACGCUGUGCCCUCUGUCUUCAGGCCGUGGAGCUGACAGCGUUCAAGGCCUCGGAGGAGACUGUCUCUCAUCUAAGCCAGGUCCUGAAAGGGCCAAGAGUGGCCGGAAAGUUGGUCAAGUUUCCUUGCCUGUCGUCUAGGGCUGCCACCUUCACCAAUGACUUUGAGGAACACGUGGGACAGCAGGACAAGGCAGGCGAGGCCUCUGCCUGGAUGCCUGGGACAAAGUCCCUGGUGAAGGCCCCUUGGCAGAUCCGCCUCCUGGAUCAGACUCCAUGGGUGGCUCCAGGGAUGCUGAAGGGAGAGUGA